AUGCUUCAAUUAAUCACGAAGGCAUUUGGACAUUGGGAUUUAAUGACAUCUUUUAGUGGGAAUUGGGAAAAUAGAUCUGAUGCUGUGAAAAAUGUUCUAAAUUUGAGCUUGACUGACGUCUACCUACCACUGAUCAGUGCAACAGGACAUUCACCUUUAUUUUCAUUGGAAGUUGAUGCAGAAACUAAUAUAAUUCGAAUCUCUUCAGGUCAGUUAUCAUCAGAUCCCUAUUUCCUGAACGAGAUAGGAUUUCGGGACCUGAAACAAAUGUUUUAUCGGACGUUUGAAUUUCUGAAUUUAAAUCGUUCGAAUAAUCAAAGUCUCAAUGAGGCUUUCGAAUUAUUUGACCGUUUAGCUGGUAGUUCAUUAGGUUCACGAAAAUAUCCGAAGUCAAGUAAAAUUGUUACAUUGAGAGAACUUAACGUUAUCUGUGAACAGAUCGACUGGGAUUAUUUAUUCACCAAAUUGUUCGAUCAAAAUGGAUUAACAACCUACAAUCCUCGGCAAAUAGAGAUUGCAGAUACAUUUCUAUUACAAUAUCGUUGUGGACUUCAUAAAAUUCAGUUGGAAACAGACGCAGGCAAAAGUGCACUCUACAAUUUGGCGAUAUUGAAUUUUGUCGUACAACAUGCAGUUAGUUCAGGAAAUCUUGACACGGAUAAUUAUAUGACAAAUCCAGGUAAACCUACUAGUAUAACAUAA